UGUCCCAUCUUUGGUGUCUGUGGGAGGAAUAGUGUCCCAUCUUUGGUAUCAGUGGGAGGAAUAGUGCCCCUUCAUUGGUAUCAGUGGGAGGAAUAGUGCCCCAUCAUUGGGGUCAGGGGGGGGAAUAGUGCCCCAUCAUUGGUAUCAGUGGGAGGAAUAUGCCCCAUCAUUGGUGUCAGUGGGGGGGGGGAAAUAGUUUCCCAUCGUUGGUGUCGGUGGGGGGAGGAAUAGUGCCCCAUUGUUGGUGUAUGUGUGGGAGAAAUAGUGCCCCAUCAUUGGUAUUAGUGACACCAAUGAUGGGGCACUAUUCCUCCCACUGACACCAAUGAUACC